AUGCGCAGCCUACGGGGCCUCCUCGCCGUCUCCGGCCACCUCGCCGCCCGCCACGCGCCGCCGAGCGGCGCCUCCUCGUCUCCCCACAGCGUCCUCUUCGCCCGUGCCCUCCAGAUCCUCUCCCAGUCGGAGCCCGUCCGCCUCCACAAGCUCUCGGCGCCCGACUCCGGGAUCGUGGAGCUGAGGCUGGAGCGGCCGGAGGCCAGGAACGCCAUCGGGAAGGAGAUGCUCAAGGGGCUGCGGAGCGCCAUGGACAAGGUGAAGGCCGACUCGACGGCCAACGUUGUACUGGUAGCGAGCUCCGUGCCCAAGGUCUUCUGCGCGGGCGCUGACCUCAAGGAAAGGAGGUUAAUGGGCCCUUCUGAAGUCCGGGAAUUUGUUAAUACCUUGAGAGCUACAUUCUCAUCCUUUGAGGCACUCCCUAUUCCUACAAUAGCUGUUGUUGAAGGAGCUGCCUUUGGCGGUGGGCUAGAGUUGGCUCUUUCAUGUGAUCUUCGUAUAUGUGGGGAGAGUGCAACAUUCAGCUUGCCAGAAACCGGCCUUGCUAUUAUUCCUGGGUAUGUGUCCAGGAUGGCGCUUUACUUUUCUGGAGGGACACAGCGUCUUCCAAGGAUUGUUGGAAGGGCCAGAGCAAAGGAAUUGAUAUUCACUGGCCGUAGAUUUGAUGCGACAGAAGCUGUAAAUAUGGGGGUAGUGAACUACUGCGUUCCUGGUGGCGAGGCUUAUCAAAAGGCUCUUGAACUUGCCCGGGAGAUAAAUCAGAAAGGUCCGUUAGCGAUAAGGAUGGCCAAGAAGGCCAUCAACGAAGGGGUGGAGGUAGACCUGUCCUCUGCGUUGGCUGUCGAAGAAGAGUGCUACGAGCAAGUUCUGCACACUCAGGAUCGCCUUGAAGGUCUAGCUGCAUUUGCAGAGAAAAGAAGACCUUUGUACACAGGAAAGUGA